GGCACCUGGCCGGGCUGCUGGCGUCGGGCACUGCCUGUGCUAACGUUUACCAAGGCUUCUCGGACUGCGUCCUCAAGCUGGGGGAGAACAUGGCCACAUACGAGCAGGCCGAUGGCACGGAGCUGCAGGGGUUGCACAGAGUCUGUGGGUACUGGGAUGAAUUCCACACGUGUGCCCUGACGGUGCUCUGGGAGUGCCAGAAGGAAGCAGCGGCUGUCUGGGAGAUGCUGAAAAGUGAGUCUCGAAAAAUCAAAUUUCAAGGCAGCUUGUUUGACCUCUGCAGCCCCAGCAUGGCCCAAAGCUUUGCCUGGACCCAUGUUCCCAAUGUUUCUGUCCUCAGCAUCCCCUUCAUCGUUGUUUGGCUGAACUUAUAA